UGGCGCGGUGCGCCGGGUCCAGACCAAAGGGCGGCACUGCUGUUGUUAUUGUCUCUCUCACUCGCUCUGCUCAGCUCCAGCCGUCACCCUGACCCCAGACAGCGUAGUCGUCUUUUAGCUGGCGAGCGACGCGCCACGGAGGUUAGUCACGGACACGGCGCCUUGAGCACAGCACUGCAAGCACGCCGCCAACAGCAAGAAGAGCGUCUCCACCCUGAGGAGGCCGUCGACGCCAACAUGGAGCUGCUGUGGCAGAGCAAGGCCGCCGCCGCCUUCGUGGCGGUGACGGUGCUGGGCAACUGGCUGGUGGGGCCGGCAGACGCGCCGGUCUGGAUCCGCCUGCUCGUCGUCCUGGCCGCCUUCCUGGCCACCGUGGUGCUGCGGCACCGGCGCGCGCUCCUCGCCGCCGUCAAGAUGCUGCCCAGGGACUACAAGAUGCUGCGCGUGUACUGGAAGGCGUUGCGGAUGGCCCGAAAGUUCGAGGCCAGCGGCGCCACGGCGGUCACCGCGGCCGAGGAGAACGCGCGCAACUGGGCCGACAAGACGUGCUUCAAGUUCGAGGACAGGACCUGGACGUACCGCGAGGUGAACGAGUACAGCAACCGCGUGGCGCGCGCGUUCCAGGCGCUGGGCGUGGGGCACGGCGACGUGGUGGCGCUCAUCGAGUCGAACCGCAUCGAGUACAUCUGCGUGUGGCUGGGGCUGGCCAAGCUGGGCGCCGUCACGGCCCUCAUCAACCGCAACCUGCGCGACUCGCCGCUCACGCACACCAUCAACGUGGCCAAGGCCAAGGUGGUGCUGUUCGGCGUCGAGUACGAGGACGCCGUCAGCGAGGUCCGCGACAACCUGCCCGCCGUCUCCAGGUACCUGCGCCUCAGCGACGGCGUGGGCUGCCCGCCCGCCGCCGACUGGUUCUCCGACGUGGUGCCGAUGCUGGACGCUCAGAGCGUGGACAACCCCGUGGCGGCGCGGCCGCCCGGCCCCAAGGACCCCCUCAUGUACAUCUACACGUCGGGCACCACGGGGCUGCCCAAGGCCGCCGUCAUCUCGCACUUCCGCCUGCAGUUCUGGGCGCUGGGCUGCAUGCUGCAGGCGGGCAUGACGCCCGGCAAGGACCUGCUGUACUGCGCGCUGCCCAUGUACCACGCCGCGGCCGGCGCGUACGCCUGCAGCCUGGCCCUCAUCCACGGCGUGCCCGUGGCCUUCGCCCCCAAGUUCUCGGCCUCCAAGUACUGGGCCGACUGCGCGCGGCACGGCGCCACCUGCGCCCAGUACAUCGGCGAGAUCUGCCGCUUCCUGGUGCUGGCCCCCGCCUCCCCGCACGACCGGCAGCACGGCGUCCGCGCCCUGGUCGGCAACGGCAUGUCCCCCGGCGUCUGGAAGUCCGUGCAGGACAAGUUCGGCGUCAAGGACGUGUUCGAGUUCUACGGCUCCACCGAGGGCAACUUCAUGCUGACCAACCUUGAGGGCAAAAUCGGUUCCAUCGGCUUCAUGCCCUGCGUGCUGCCCCGCUCCCUGUGGCCCGUGGACCUGGUCAGGGUGGACGAGGACUCUGGCGAGCUCAUCCGAGAUGACGUCUCAGGACUCUGCCUCCGCUGCAAGCCCGGCGAGCCCGGCAUGAUCGUGGGCAGGAUCCAGGACCGCUUCAAGACGACCGAGUUCCGGGGCUACCUGGACCGCAAGGCCACGGACAAGAAGGUGGGCCGGGACGUGUUCAGCCAGGGCGACCGCUACUUCCUCAGCGGGGACGUGGCCGUGAUGGACGAGUAUGGGUACAUGUACUUCAAGGACCGGAUCGGCGACACGUACCGCUGGAAGGGCGAGAACGUUUCCACGGCCGAGGUGGAAACGGUCAUGACGGGCGUGCUGCUGCCCUUCGGGGUGCGCGAGCUGGCGGCGUACGGCGUCAGGGUGCCCGGCCACGAAGGCCGCCCCGGCAUGGCGGCCCUCGCCGACCCGGAGCGCCGCGCCGACCUGGACGUCCUCGCCAAGCAGCUGUCCAGGAAGCUGCCGUCGUACGCCAGGCCCUUGUUCGUGCGCCUCUGCACGUCCCUGCCCAUGACCGGCACGCACAAGGUGAGCAAAGUGCCGCUGCAGAAGGAAGGAUUCGACGCCGUCACCAACGACGACCCCAUCUUCGUGUUCGACUCCAGGACGACGACCUACGUUCCCCUCACGGACGCCAUCCUGGCCGACAUCAAGGAGAACAGGAUGCGGAUCUAAGUCUCUGUGUUGUGAUAUUUUCUAGACCCAUUAUCUUUAAGUUAUUUUUAAUAUUCUGACGUGCAGAAAUUUUUUUUAAGAAAAAAAAAACGACUGCCGAAUUUACUUGGAGAAAUAGUCAACGUUUAAGUCAUGCCAUUAUCAUUUAAUGACAAACUCGUUACUGUGUGAUCUCUAGUCCUGAGAAAGUCAUUGUCAAUUGGCUUUGUACUCUCUGUAUUAAUUAAAAUGACCUAACCUUACCUAA